GAAAGUACUGCUCAGGAAAUGUCAUGGUGAUAAUAAAGAUAUUUUCCUGAACAGAUUUCUUCAUGAUAAUCGAUACAUCAACAUGGACCAUAUCCCUCGAAUAUCAGAAGCGGUCUAUGUGGGACUGUGUCGUCAACUAGGAACCCCAACAGAAGUCAGGGUUCAGGAGAGAGAUAAUGGAUACUGCGGAGGAUGUAAACAGACCUGUGGAAAUAAUGAAGGGUCUAGAGAAUAUACAGAGUGGAAGUUGGCGUGAGGGAUUCCGAAUACCUACCUCAGAUAUAGAUAUGAUGCAUUGGUCUUCAUAUCAUAAGGUUAUUUGUGAAAACUUUCAGAUUAAUCUCUACCGUAGCCCAAAACACACUUUGAUUCUGAUGGAGUGCAAUGAUCUACCCCCAGGAUUUUCCAAACUAAUUUUGAUUGGUCAAGCAAAGGAUGAAAUCUUAGGAAACUCAUGUAUUAUUAUCAAUAAUGAAGUUUAUAUAUCGAGUUGUUUAUUUCGUGAAUAUACUUUGCGUUCCCUCCAUAACAUCUCAUUUACUCCUUCAUUGAGAAAUGUAUCUCAUGGUCCUUGUUUUACAUAUGUCAUAGCCCAGCACAAAGAAAUAGACAAUGUACUUUGUUUACGGUCACACCACUGGCCGACAGACGCUCUACCAUGGAUGCAGAGAUGUCAUCAACAAGGUUGGCCAGUCGAGAAUGUUCUAUCAGAAAUACUACGUGGAGGAUUCCAUGUUGUUCCUAUAGGAAGCACUCCUGAAAACGAAGAAGAAUGGAGAAUCUCAUUCUCUCGAGCAGAACAAAAACUCGUUUACUCAAUGGAUCACUGUCAGUUUUUGUGUUAUGGUCUCUUUAAAAUAUUUCUUAAAGAGGUCAUUAAUUCUCAGUGCAAUACACAAGUUCUAUCUUCGUACUAUAUAAAAACAGUUGUAUUCUGGGUAAUUCAGACGAAAAGGUCUUUGGCUUGGACACCUGAAAACCUAUUAGCUUGUUUUUGGGAAUGCUUUAAACUAUUGAUAUACUUUGUUCAUAACGGAGAAUGCCCAAACUUUUUUAUUCCACAAAACAACAUGUUUCGACUGAAAAUCACCGGUUCUGUGCAAGCUUCAUUGUUCAGACAGUUGUGUUAUCUGUAUUAUGAAGGGAUAUCAUGUCUUCUGUUUAGUCCAACCCUCAGACGUUUUCUUAGUAUUCCCAUUGUAAACAGAACAUUGAGUGUCUGUACAAACGAGGUCAGGUUCAUAUCUAGCGCUGAAUUAGAUAUGAGCUUUGUCAGAGAACUACCUGUGUUUCAACAUAAAUUAUCCUGUUAUAAGAAAAUUUUAGUUUGUAUGAAACACAUAGAGAGGGUGAUUAGGGGAAGGUUGACACCGUAUCAGACAGUUACUUUACAGUGUUUAACAUCAGAUAUUUUAAGGAAAACUGCCAUGUUUAUAGAGAAUUCUAUACAUCCUACCGGUGCUUUAACACAAAACAAGGUUUAUUACAAAGCCAACAAAGAAUCACAAUUUCUUAAACUUUCAUGCAAAUUUGGUUAUGUGUCUGAUACUCUGUAUCUUGCUAUGUACUUCUACAGAACAUGGAGGUAUGAGCAAUCAUUUAAGUGUUUAAAGAAAGUGCAGAAGAAGAUGUCAUUGCCAUUUGUUAUACAUUAUAAUCAUGUUGAUGUAGAUGCGUAUCGACAGCACAUGGUAGGCAAGUCUCUUUGCUACAAAUUCAGGAGAGCUUCAAUAAAAAAUAUUGACUUUUUUAAUGAGUACACUUACAUUGAUGAACUAGUAUUAGAACAGAAAAUCAGUGAAAAGAACGGAGUAUUUACCUUGCUUAUCCCGCCUCUAGUGAUGUUACACACGUUGUUUAUACUGAAUCACCACAGACUGGGUGACACAGUCAGGUCACACCAAUCUAUACAGGAUCUACAGACUCUGCUGCUGCAAGAUGACGGAGUUUACAUAGAGACAAUGCUCAGAGAUAUCUCUUGGCAAAUACUGGGGAUCUGUCAACAAAUCGGUGGAGACCUCGAAGGUGCUCGAGAGUCUUUUCUAAAUUCGUUAAAAGAAAUACCACUGCACCAAAUCCAGGAGGCGACAAAAUUGAGAAUGUCCACACGUACUUAUGGAGAAAAUUUUACAUGCUAGUAUUACUUUUGUAAUAACAUUGUAAUUGCUUGAAGAUCAUCAACACUUUUCUUGAUAGAGACUACAUGCAUAUGUUUUCCAGUUGUAUCAUUUGUUUUCAUUUUUUUUUUUGUAUUUCAAUGCUUUCAUAGAUUAACAUGUUAUUUUUUAUAAGCUCUAUGGUACAAAUUGUUUUAUUCAAGCAGAUAAUGCUU